AAAUACUCCUCUGUAGGACUGAAUGCUCACCGCCCACUACAGAGGCAGAGAAUGCCAAUUGGAUAAAAAUGGCAAAGGGGCGGUUUGUUUGAGACCGGAAUUUCUGUUCCAAGUGGGGAGAAACGAAAUUGUAUACUGGUCAGGUCAUACUUUGAACCUGGAUGCUGAAGUGAAAUAUCUACAGGUAGUGAGACGACUAAAUACUUUAUUACAUAAUGGGACGGAAAGAUGCUAACAACUCAAGGCUACCAAUUGAUCAAUACCGCAAGCAAAUUGGAAAGCAAGAUUAUAAAAAAAACAAAUCUGUGUUAAAAGAGACUAAAAUAAAAGCAGAAGCCAAGAGAUCUGCUCCAGGAAUACGGGAUAUUAUUCUCAUCCUUGUGGCAGUGCUGAUACUACUUUUUGUUGUGUAUUCCUUCUUCUACCUCAAUCUGGCAAAAGAAAUUGAGCUUGAUAUAGAUUUAGAUGACAACUAGAAGAUGUGACUUUCAUUUUCUUCACUGACUCUCCUUUGUGAACCGGUCACCUUCAAAUUAGCUGAAAGACAUUUAAGAGAAUAUCACAGCCAAUUAGUGUCUUAACACGUCCUAAGCAUCAUACUGUGCUUUAUCCUGUUCAGAUGUCAAGGAAACUUGAACACUUAAAGUGACAAUUGUCAGCUCAAUGAACCAUCAAUGUAUUCUUCUCUUUCAGCUUACAAAUGCAAUGCAGUUAUUUGUAAUAAUGUUCUUUUUAUCUUGUAUCCUUUCAGUUUAAUUAUUGGGUUGAUUUUUUUUUCUCUCCAUCACAUUUUUUAUUAUUAUGAAGAUUUAUUUUGAAGAUCAAAAUCACUUGUGUAAAUAUUUGUAGGUAUUCUUUAAGUACAAUCUUGUACUGAUUGAAGAUUUAUUCAACAAACAUGAAUGAUGAAUGGUGUGUACACCAGUCACCCUUUCUUUAAUUUAGUUACAAAGAAAGUCUUUUUCUAUCAAGUUUUUGCUUUGUUCUUAAAACCUAUUGCUUUGUCUCAAGUUGUUUUUAAUAUAUGUAUAAUUUCUAUUUUAUAUAUACUGUAAGUAAGGAAACUGCACAUAUAGUGCUUUACAUUACAUUAUGUAUAUUAGAGGAUAAAAACCUCAAUAAAUUGAAAUGUAAAGUUUGAAA